AUGAGCGCUGACCAAGGUUUGUCGCCAGGCCUGCUGCGGGAGGCAUUUGUUGCCCUCAACCCCGGGACCGUGAUUCUCACAGCCGUCAUCGGCUUGGCGGUGCUGUUCCUGGCCGACUCGCUGCGGUCGUGGUACCGUUUGUCCCACGUUCCUGGUCCAUUCUGGGCCGGUUUCUCCAAGGCUUGGAUGGUGAGACAGUCACUCAAGGGAACACAGCCUUACGCCAUCCAAGCGGCCAAUGAAAAAUAUGGGUCGCUCGUGCGCAUUGGGCCCAAUGAGCUGGCAACUGAUGAUCCCAAACUACUGCGCCGGAUGAUGGCCAGUCGCUCGCCAUAUUCGAGAGGGCCUUGGUACAACGCACUCCGUUUCGAGCCUGGCAAAGACAACUUGUUCUCGAUGCGUGAUGAUGAUGCUCAUGCAAAAUUGCGUAACAAGAUGGCAGCCGGCUACUCAGGCAAGGAGAACGAGUCACUGGAGCGCACUAUUGACGCGCACAUUGCACGACUUAUCGACCUCAUAGAAACCAAGUAUCUCUCAACGUCUCGAGAGUACCGCCCGGCGGACUUUGCUCAGAAGAUUCAAUAUUUCACGCUAGACGUUAUCAGCGACCUAGCUUUUGGCCAGCCCUUCGGUUACGUGGAGCAAGAUGACGACGUCUUCGACUUUAUCAAGAUUACACGCUCUUUUUUCCCAGUCACUCUGGUCCUCGCCAACAUACCCUCAUUGGUUUCCCUCCUACACUCACGUCUUUUCCGGGGUCUUUUGCCCAAAGAGAGCGACAAGUUUGGUUUCGGGGCAUUCAUUGGCGUAGCGAAUAAAAAGGUUGCAGAGCGAUUCGCGCCAAACGCUACGCAGCACUCGGAUAUGCUCGGAUCCUUCAUCCGUCAUGGGCUCAGCCAGGAAGAAGCGUCUAGAGAGUCACUGCUUAAUGUUGUCGCCGGAAGCGACACCUCGGCGACCACUAUCCGCGUCAUCAUGUUGAGCCUGCUCAGCAACCCAGUGGCCUACAGAAACCUGCAGAAGGAAAUUGACGAUGCCAUCAAGGCUGGGAAAAUAUCCUCACCCGUUACCGACGCCGAAGCGCGCAAACUCCCAUAUCUCCAGGCUGCUAUACAAGAAGGGCUGCGGAUAAAGGCGCCCGCGGCCGGUCCUCUCUUCAAGACGGUGCCCAAGCAAGGUGAUACCAUCGAUGGCAAGUUCAUCCCUGGAGGAACACAGAUUGGCACUUCUCCGUUCAGCAUCUACCAUUCUAAAAAGAUAUUCGGCAAGGACGCGGCUCUCUUUGUACCAGAACGCUGGCUGGAAGCAGAACCGGAACAGGUCGAGGGCAUGUCUGAGGUGGUGAACCUCGUCUUUUCCAGCGGAAAAUACCAGUGUCUCGGCAAGCCAGUAGCAUUCAUGGAACUGAACAAGAUUUUCGUUGAGCUUUUGAGACGUUUUGAUUUUGCCAUGGUGCGUCCCGAAAGACCUCUGCAUAUCAUGAACGCGGGUAUUUGGCUUAUUGAGGAUUUUCCCGUGCGCAUUUCACGACGGGAGAGUGGUCCCGACACUUGA